GGCCGCCGCACAUGACCUGCCCCGGGACGGGAGGCUUCCGAGGGCGCGGCUGCAGCGCGGGAGGACGCGGGCGCCAUGCGUCUCUUGGGGGUUUCCAGGGACGCGGCGGUGGGCACGGCGGCCCUGGGCCUGGCGCUGGCGGCCGGCUACUUGGCGGGCAGGAGAUACCAUUCAGCAUUUGAACCUAAAACCCGCAAAGGCGAGAACAGUCCAUUGCAGCAGUAUGUGCUGGACCACUCCUUGCGGGAACACCCUUCUCUGAAGAAGCUGAGAUUGCUGACGUUGGAUGUUCCCCAGAAAGUGAUGUUGGUGUGUGCUGAUCAGGCCCAGCUUAUGGCAAACUUGGCCCGACUGAUCAAAGCCAAGAAAGUGCUUGAAAUCGGUGUCUUUACUGGGUACAACACCUUAAAUAUGGCCUUGGUCUUACCGGAAGACGGCCGAGUCGUCGCUUGUGAUAUCAAUGAAGAUUUUGCCCAUAUUGGGAAGCCGGUGUGGAAAGAGGCAGGAGUGGAGCAUAAAAUUGACCUGAGGAUAAAACCAGCCAUCCAAACACUUGAUGAACUUCUAGCCAAUGGCGAAGCCGGGACCUUUGACUUUGCUUUCAUAGAUGCUGACAAAGAGAGUUACGGUGAUUAUUACGAAAAAUGUCUACGGCUCAUAAGGAAAGGAGGGAUCAUAGCGAUCGAUAAUGUGCUGUGGAAGGGCAGAGUCUUGAACCCCCGAAAAGAUGACCUGGAGACCCAGAGCAUCCACCAGUUGAACGAAAAGCUCUUUCGUGACCCACGGGUGAACAUCAGCCUGCUCCCCAUGGGGGACGGGGUGACGUUCGCAUUUAAGCUCUGAAAGAAGAUGACGGAAGCCCUAAAGAAGAAGUGUGUGUUCUGACUUUCUCCCAGUAAAAUAACCGAAGCUGGGAAUCCAGCCAUAACCAGAGCUAAGCCAAUCAGUGUGGAGUCUUUGUGGGGUGAAGAAAUGUGUCUUGCGUAUCCUUAACCCAAAAUAUAAUUUUUCAUUCAUAUAGAAAA